AUGCGCUUCCAACGCGUCCUAGUUCUCCUGGGACUUGCAUCCCUUGUUGCCGUCACCCUUUUUUUCCUUCGCACGAGAUACGCCCCCAUAAUACCCGUGUCCCAAUAUCCGAACAAGCACAAUAGCCCUUCGCCGCCCGUUAGCCAUCCUUCUCCUGCCGGCGCAGAUGCGCAUCCUAUCGCUCAGCUUCUGAGCAAAUCCAAGUCAUCCUGGGACGAUGUGCGGGCGCGACAGUCAAAAACCCUGGAGGAGGCCGUGAGAGAAUACCAGCGCCGAUAUAGCUUACCACCCCCGCCCAACUUCGACGUUUGGUUCAAAUUCGCCAAAGCGAGAGGGGUCGAGCUCAUUGAUGAAUAUGACACCAUAUAUGAAUCUCUGCUUCCCUUCUGGGGUUUACAACCCAAAAUGAUCCGUGACAGGGCCAAGGAGGCCCUUGGGUUUGAUAAUAGCCUUAUUGGGGUGCUGAUUCGGAACGGAGCGGUCAGCCUGGUUUCUGGCGGCGGGGAUUCUCAGGAAUGGAAGCGAAAGGCGCUGGAAGGGAUGAUGAAGCAGUUUGUGCAAUACCUCCCGAAUAUGGACUUGGCUUUUAACAUUCACGACGAACCUCGAGUGGUUAUUCCUAGCGGCGAUCUCCAACAGCUGGUGUCGCAUGCGCUCAAUGUUGCCAUUCCACAGACGGCCAACCGUUCAGCCCACAAUGCCUGGACAAGCCCGGCUGAUCUGAACGGGGGUGAUAGGAUCGACGAGUUUAAGACUACGAGAUUCAAUCGGUUCGCCCAUCAACCGACUUGGACUACUUCGCGAAGCUCAUGUCCGAUGGAUACACCGGCCAGGGACCUGAAUGAAGUCGCUCCUGACAAAAUCGACGCGUACCUUUUCGGUGAACUGGGCUUCGUGUACAACACCACUGCGUUCUCUGACAUCUGUCUUUCGCCGUCUCUUAGAUAUACCUUUGGAAUGUUUGAAAGACCAAAUGCUAUGAGUAUCGUUCGCGAUCUAUUUCCCAUAUUUGCCGAGAGCAAAGUAUCGAGCUUUCAAGAUAUCCUCUAUCCUAGCCCGUGGUAUUGGUCCGGAAAGGUGACUUACGAGCAGGGCCCCAACUGGGAUAUAAAGAAAGACCAAAUGUACUGGCGUGGCUCUACCACUGGGGGAUUCUCCAGGGCCGGAGGUUGGCGAAGACAACACCGGCAAUUGUUUGUAAAGAACAUCAACGCCGUGGAUGACGUGAAAGUCUUAGAAAAGGGUGAAACCAACUGGAUUACAAAGACGGUCAAAAGAAGCGAUUUCAAGCAAUUGUUCAAUGUGAGCUUUAGUCACGUCGGCCAGUGUGAUCCGGAAGACUGCGAAGCGCAAAAAAGCUAUUUCGACGUCGUCAAGCCUUCACCCCAGGACGAAGCCUGGGAAUUCAAAUACCUCGCGGAUGUUGACGGAAACGCGUUUAGUGGACGGUUCUAUGCUCUACUGCGGAGUCGUAGCCUAGUCUAUAAACUUGCCGUCUUCCGAGAGUGGCAUAGCGAGUGGCUCCGUCCUUGGGUUCAUUAUAUUCCCUGGAGUCUUAAAGGAGAUGAGCACACUGAGAGCGUACGAUACUUUUCGAUGGAAGAAGAAGGGCGCCAGCAUGCUGCUCGUGUGGCCCAGGAGAGUAGUGGCUGGGCGAAGAAAGCAUUGAAAAACGACGCCCUUGAGGCUUGGUUUUUCCGUCUUUUGCUAGAAUACGGGAGAGUCGUCGACGAUAACCGAGAUACCAUAGGAUUUUCCCUUGACUCGCCCUGA